GCUGAAUUAUAUUAUUUGUAUGCCACUGCAAUCAAAGCUGCUUCAGGGAUUUGUUUGGCAACAUUCUUUACAUUAGUAAACUCAUGUUUUGUUAGAUAUUUCCCUUGAGAUAAUUGCUUGUCUGAAUUCUUUGAAUUCCGUGCUUGUCAAAUGAAUUGGAUAAUUGGCAUGUAUUGUGGAUAGCUUGUCUGUUGUCUCUGGAGGUGAAUUGAUAACAUGCUGACAUUUCAGCCAACUUGUUAGAGGUAUUCUCAAAAGUGGGAGUAAUGCGUGAAGUGAGAAUGGCACUUUGUCACUGAUUUUUAUUGUACUGCAAAUGUGGAAACCAAUUCUUAAGUGCUGACAUUUUGAGUGCUUUUAUUCCCAUGCAAAUCUGAGCAAGAAUUGCUGGAAUGUGCCAAAUCUAAUGAUUAUUUUCUGUUUGCAUGCAUUAAUCCCAAAAGAAUAUUUCUGGCUGUCUGUUUGAGUUAUAUGCUUACAGUCCCAAUCAACAUCCAUUUGUUUUGUUAACCCAAUGUUAUCGCCAUAACAUAUGCAGCAUCAAAAAAUUUUUCCUUCGCUGUUUUCCAAAUUUCCUUUCACGAAUGCUUUUGCCAUUUUAAGAAUUUCCAUCGCAUGUGAUCAGUUCUUUACUUCUCACAAAAAUACUGAUGCUUGAAUAUGUUAUGACCCAUAAAAGACCCAACACUUUGCAGAUAAAUGGCUUAACAUUCUCUGUCCUGAAGUAAAGCCAAUGACUGUUUAGAUUAACUAUAAUCUCAUCAGCUGUGUCCAGUCUAUCAAAAAAGAGGUUAAACUGGGGUCACAGUCUGCAUUUUCUUGUCUGCAUGCUCAAUUCCUUGAACCGGCUUGAGUAGUGAAGCUGGAAAAUCUCUUCUGAGACCUCAAAAUGGAACACAACAACCUGAAUUGCCAAUUUUCAGGUGUGUGUCACAACUGUAACAAGCAAAUUAAUGGCUGUGAAUCAGCCUGUCGUGCUAUGGAACAUCUCUACCAUGUUCAGUGUUUUCUCUGUUGCUCUUGCGGAAAGCAGCUGAUUGGCAAGGCAUUUUAUAACAUUGAUGGAAAGGUGUACUGUGAACAGGAUUACACGAAGCUUGAGCUUGCUCCUAAAUAUUGUUAUUUUUGUGGAAAGAUAAUCAAGGAAAAGAUUAUUCAAGCACUGGGGAGAUCAUACCACCCAUCUUGUUUUAGAUGUUCAGUUUGCCAAACAGAAUUAGAUGGAAUUCCCUUUGCUCAGGAUCAGGAGAGCAGAAUAUAUUGGUAUCAUGGACCAUAG